CUGACCGUCCGCGUGCCGCUGACAGCCAGUCCAGCCGGAGAGAGAGGAGCCUUCACGGUUAGACGGUUCACGCACCGACCGGCCAACUAGUUGGAUUAAACCGGCGACUUGAACACAUCCAGGAGCUAAACGGCUAACGGUGAGGAGCUAACGGUUGAUUGGCAGUAAAGCGGCCCUAUGAUGGAGGAGCUUCACGACGUCCAGCUGACUGAGAUCAAACCACUCCUGACAGGACAGAAUGGUAGAAAUCUCCAGGACUUUGACUGUCAGGAGCAUGAUGUGGAGACGGCCCACGGUGUGCUGCAUGUUACCAUGAGGGGAGUUGCUAGGGGCAACCGACCCACAAUCCUCACCUACCACGACGUCGGACUCAACCAUAAGUCUUGUUUUAACAGCCUGUUUAACUACGAGGACAUGCAGGAAGUGACGCAGCACUUCUCAGUUCUGCAUGUUGAUGCUCCAGGACAGCAGGAAAACGCUCCUGUAUUCCCCACCGGGUACCAGUACCCCACCAUGGAUGAGCUGGCCGAGAUGCUGCCGUCUGUCCUGACACAGCUUCAGGUGAAGAGUGUGAUUGGUAUCGGCGUUGGAGCUGGAGCCUACAUCCUCGCCAAACUGGCUCUGAAUGAGCCCAGUCUGGUGGAGGGUUUAGUUCUGAUCAACGUCGACCCCUGUGCUAAAGGCUGGAUGGACUGGGCUGCCUCUAAGCUGAGCGGCUGGACGAGCAACCUGGUCGACAACAUCAUGGCACACCACUUCAGCUCUGACGAGUUGACUGAGAAUCAGGAGCUCAUCCAGACGUACAGACUCCACAUCUCUCAGGAUAUACCGCAGGAAAACUUGGCCAUGUUCUACAACAGCUACGACAGUCGUACUGAGUUGGAGAUAGAGCGGCCCGUCCCUGGUCUGAAUGAAAACACCGUCACCACCCUCAGGUGUCCCUCUCUGCUGGUGGUUGGAGACACGUCGCCUGCCGUUGAUGUCGUGGUGGAAUGUAACUCCAGACUGAACCCGACCAAGACCACCCUGUUCAAGAUGGCGGACUGUGGAGGUCUUCCUCAGGUGGUGCAGCCUGGAAAACUAGCAGAGGCCUUCAAGUAUUUUGUCCAGGGGAUGGGCUACAUGCCCACAGCUGGUAUGACCCGGCUGGUUCGCUCCAGGACUCACUCGGCCUCCAGCGUCGGCUCCACAGACGGCGUCCGGAGCCGCACUACACUGCCAGAGGACGGCAACAGCCCCAAACACACAGCGGCACGCACCAUCGAAAUGACCGCGUAGGACGGUUUCCCGCUCUUGUUUCCUCUCUUUCCUCUUCCAUUCCUCCUCACAUGCUGCGUGAACGUUCCUCUCCGUCGCAGCAGUUCCUCGUUGUAGUUGAAAUAAAAAGGUCACAUCUAAGCAUCGUGUAAAGUAGAGACGACUUCAAUAUCUUUAGACUUCACCGCUGUCGUAAACGGUUCGGCCUCAGCGGCAGCCAUGUUGGCUCUUUAGGAUGCUGUUCGCACCAUCACUCGCCUGGCGCCAGGCGGUUCAUGUGGUGACGCUGUUGAUGUAACUGUACAUGGAGUCCAGCUGGUUCAUAUUUAUAUACAGAUGUGUUGUCUGCUGUUCAGACCAGAUCCUCUUCCUUUAGCUUAGGUCCUGAUCCAUUAUUAUUAUUAUUAUUACUACUCUUAUUAUUUUGUUGUGUUGAUGGUGGUGUUGGUUGCCGUGAAGCUCGUUUAUGAAACUGUCUUCCUACCGAUAAAAUAAAAGUGACUUUAAGGGAAUAUUUCACCCAUAAAUGUAGGCCUACAGUUUUUAAUAUCAGUUAUGCCUCUCCCACCCUGGACUGCCCGGGAAAUGAGUAAGCGGGGGGAUUUUAUACCAGAACAUAACAAAUUAAUAAAUAAAUAUGUAUAAAAACUCAAACAUGCAGAGCAAUCUGACAGUUUGUGAAACCAGUGAAAGGAAGAUCUACAGUCCUGCUGUGCUAUCAAAUAUCUCUUCACCAGCUGCAGUUAGUCGCUGCUUCACCAACAACAACCUUUUCCUGCUUUCUUCAGAAGGCAUGAAGCAGAUAAGCGGGUGUUCGCCGCAGUUUUUGCUCUUCAUGCAUUAACAUUAACAACCAAGUGUUCCUUUGGAAAAAUAAACACAUGGCGAGCUGUUUUAUUAUAUCCAGACUCCUUAAAGACUCCAUUUGGAUUUCUAAAAAAGAAAAUAAAAAUCCUCUCUGCUGCACAAUAAAAUGUUCAUUAUGUUUCUGAGCUUGCAGCUUUCUCCUCUUCCAAAGAUGGAAGCUAGAAAUGACACGUCCUCGUCAGUUUGAAUGACUUAAAGCAAAAUUAAAAAGUUGUUAUUUACCUUUGUCUAUACUGAUGUGAUUUUUUUUUUUUUAAUAAAUCUUAUUUCUAUUUUAUAUUUCCACUUGUUGUGCAACAUGUUAUGUCAUUUCUGGCUGCCUAGAUGGAAAGUAGAAAAUCUUUUAUCGUGCAGCAGGCAGUCUUCUAGAAAAACCUUCACAACAACCUUCUUGGUGUUUUUCAGAAAAACUAACUGACUUGAAUGUAACAUAAAUACACGAGAGGCACAAAAGAUUUUAGCUCCCUUCAGCAUUUUCCUUAUAGUCUAGUAAACUGAGAUUGUAGAUGUUCAUACCUACAGUUUAAUGGAAAGGGCGACUGCUGCCAGUAGUUUUUUGUUUGGUGUUUCAGACUCCGCUGAGUGAGUCAUUGAUUUAAGAAAGGUGAACUUUUUCUUUGUUGGGGACCCUGAACGCGACCAGUUAACCCAGCGUGCUCCUUUUUACUGUAACUGUACAUGAUUUAGUUUCGGGCGAGCUGUUUUCCUGAAGCCGCCCUGCUCGGUGUUCAUUCGGCCCGUCGGCAGCAUGCUCGUCGUGGAGUUCUGGCAUGCACAAACUGUACCGUGGUUAUCAGUCUCGUGAGUAACUGAGAUGUCGUUCAGCUGUAAAACAGAAGCGCCUCCUCCUAAAACAUCAGAGAAACAGAAUUCCUUCCACGUUGUGUUGUUGCAGUUACAGGUUUUGUUUCUGUGGACUUGCAGCUGCCAGCAGGGAAGACAUAUUGCUUAUUGAUCAUUACACAGACUGAUGUGAGGCUCUGACCGGAAGCACUUGUCUGGCUUCAGUGACGUUGAUUCGAUAAAUGGCACUUUAGAUGUCACUGUGUGCGAGACGAGACGCAGACAGACCGGCGACCACGUUGCUCGUCCUGCUGAUGUUGGGAGGCGGUGAUGCUCGACUUCUCCGUGACGGUGACUAUUGUUUUUAAGAGAUGCUGCCGCCUGCUGGAGGACUGAAGAACAGCUCCCAGAGUUAGCAGCAUUCAUGUGGACUCGUAUUAGAAUUUCAGUUUCCUGUAAACAUGUCUGUACAAAAACAACUUGGCGAGACACAAAGUCAAAUAUUUAGUUCUUAUAUUCUAUAUAUACACUAACUGUAGUUAAUGUUCUUAAUAUUUAUUAUUAUACUAUUACUUUUGAGGUUUGUACUGAAGCAUUGUUAGAUGUUCUGUUACGGAGGUUUGUUGUGCCUUGACUUUUAAUGUAAACAAGGUUUGUAAUUAAAUAAAGCUCGUUAUCCAAAAAAACAAAAA